UCAACAAUAACUUCUCUCAUUUCAUUCCUACAUUCUCUCUCUUAGGGUUUGUUUGUUUCUAUCAACAACAAUGGCGACGGAAGUUAACGACGGAGCUGUGGCCGCCGGGGAGGUUAACGGUGCCGCGGUGGAGAAGACUGUGACGUUCACGGCGGUGAAGCCGCGCUUGUUCGUGGAGGCGUUGAAGGUUGGAGAUGCGGUUGCGUUUUACAAAGCUGCGUUUGGUGCUGAGGAGGUGAAUCGUGUGAAUCAUCCGAAGCGGAAGGCUGAUCAGGAGCUUCCGGUUCUGAUUUCUGCUGAGAUUAAGCUCGCUAACUCGAGUUUUCUUGUUUCUGAUGUUUCUGAGGAUUCUACCGCUACUGAUAAAGCGGUGGGGUCCGGACUGGUUUUCUGCCUAGAGACCGAGGACAUUGAAGCUGCUGUGGACGCAGCAGUUAAGGCUGGUGCAGUUGCCGAUGGUGAAAUUAGCGAGGGUGAAGGCGCGUGCUGUGGUGGGCGCGUGGGUAAAGUGAAGGACCCGUACGGCGUCGUCUGGGCAAUCUGCACUCCUAUUGCUAAAAAGUGUGGUGACGUGGAGGCUUAAGGAACGUUGGAUCUGAUCUGCUGUUGGUUUUUGUUUUUAGGAUGCUUUUUUAAUUCAAAGAAAUCUCGGUGGUAUGACUAGUUGCAGUAAAUGGGUAGGUUUAUCAUGGUUAUGGCUAAUUGGUGUUUUAAGACCUUUGAUGGAUGGAGGAGAUAUUGGCCCUUUUUAACAGAUUGGAAUCUUAUCUUUUGGUUAUCUUUCUCAUGAAGUUUGUUUGUUGGUUA